AUGGUUUUCACAAUUACGAAGAGUGAAAAUGUGGAAAAUAAAGGAAGUACUUGGAAGCAGUAUGCCUUAUCUGUUAUGGUUAGCCUACCACUCAUCACCCACGGGAUUGAAGCAAAUAACCUCACUAUAACAUCCCAUUCGGGUCACUUCUUGUCGAGAUUCAACAAUGUCCCACUGAGUACCACUAUGCUGAUCCUCAGCGCUGGUAUAUCAGCGCCUCUACUUAGUUUGAUUAUUGACCGACUUGGACGAAAGUUUGGAGUGUAUUUAAUUAUUAUGUUACAAGGGAUAUGCUGCAUACCACUCCUCCUACCACCAAACAGAAUAGCAUACAUCAUAACCCACUUCCUGGCCGGCGUAUCAUCAGCUGGACUCUUCACCGUCAUCCCAAUAUACAUACGGGAGAUCGCACCAUCGUCAUCCAGAGCAUCGCUUGUAUCAUUGAUAAUUAUAAUGACACCACUAGGAUAUUUGACAAGGCUGGUGAUGGAUGAUGAGUCAAUGAUGUAUUUAAUGGCAGCGAUGGUGAUGCUGGAGUUUGUUACUGUGUUCUUGAUGAUCGAAUCACCCAGUUAUUUGGUGAAAGUCGGGAAAUUUGGUCGAGCGAAGACAAACAUAGCGAAGCUAAAAUGCCUGAAGGAAACUGACAAUUAUGUGAUUAUGGAACUCAAAAGGUUAAAAGAUGAGAGUGAUAGGACAAAACCAUGGAAAUAUGUUGAUUUGUUCAAAAACAAAAUCUGGCGUGAUGCGUCCAAAAUCGGCCUGGUACUUUUCACAAUUACAAUUUUGAGUGGAAGCAGUAUGUUUUUGGAUCAGGCAAAGGCACUUGCCCAGCUCAAAACCUCGAUAGAUCCGGAGCACAUGCUUGUUCCCUUGGGAUUGCUUGCUGGUGGUGCGUCUUCGGUAGUCUUAGUUCGAUUCAUCGACCGAAAAUAUCUCCUUACACUGUCGUACUCCGUGAUAGCAUUGUCUAUGGGAGUGUUGGCUGUGGACACGCUACCUGAUUUAACAGUGAAGACACUAAGAUGGCUGCCGGUGGUGUCAUUGAGUGUAGUGGUAUUCGCAUAUGGCAUGGCGUGGGGAUUGCCAACUGUAAUUAUGGUGGAGAUUUUGAAUUUAGAGAUAAGAUCAGCUGUACUUGCCUUAGUGUACGCAUAUUCGCAAAUAAUUAGAAUGGCGCACGUUCACACGCUAAAAUACUUUGAAGAUCUGAUGGGAAUACACACGUUAUUUUAUGUGUUUGCCGGUGUUAAUUUAGUAGGAGCGGUGUACAGCAUCAUGGCGCUACCACAGAUUAAAGAUAAAAGUGUCAAACAAAUUGAAAAACAAUUAAAACGAGUUCCUGUAAUAGAUAGAAUUUGA